UGUUUUCCCCCUGAAGAUGGCAACUGAAUGUAUGUCGAAACUUUGGGACAACAACACACGACGCGACCGAUAUCCGAAGGCCGAAGUUGUUUUUGUGCGGUAAAAGCAAAUGACCAUAAGGGAAAAUUAGUUUAUUUCAAUGGUAUGACUCAUCGAAGUAACACUGGCGGGAACUGUUGUUUAAGCAUUCACUACGUUGGCGCGCUGAGGGUUGUAUUGGUUAAUGGACUCCGUGGUUAUUUUAUGAAGUACAUGGUUUUGAUACGAUUUUUAAAUUGAGGUGUGCAAAAACUAAUUUGUGUCGUCUUUUAAAGACGUUCAGAUGUGAUAUAUGACGAGUACUAUUUUGAGAAUUUAACAAGUGAAAGUAGCUUCAUGGCUUGCUUGGAGAGGAUUGCAAUACAAGGGAUCCGAAGUUUCGGCCCAGAAGACACAGAUGUUCAGCGUAUAAAGUUUCAUUCUCCUCUUACACUCAUACUUGGGCAAAAUGGGUGUGGUAAGACUACCAUAAUUGAAUCUUUGAAAUAUGCAGUAUCAGGCGACUUGCCUCCAGGAGCUAAACAGGGUCAAUUAUUUGUUCAUGAUCCAAAGUUAUCAAGAAAAGUGGAGACUCAUGCUCGUAUACAGCUGCAGUUCACAGAUCUUAGAGGUGACAAACUGCUCGUGACACGUUUAAUGCAGCUGACACAGAAGGCGAAGAAAUUGGAAUUCAAAACAAAAGAUUCCACUCUGAGUAGAAUGAAUCAGGAUGGUCAGCGUGCAGACAUAAGUGGGCGAUGUGUUGAUAUUGACAUGGAGGUGUGUACUGCCCUUGGUGUGUCAAAGUCAAUUCUGAACAAUGUCAUAUUCUGCCAUCAAGAAGACGCUGCGUGGCCACUGGAUGAAGGCAAGAAAGUGAAAGAGAGGUUUGAUGACAUAUUUGACGCAACCAAAUACAACAAAUACUUAGAACAAAUACGACUAAAGAAAAAGGCUAUUGCUGAUGAUUUGAAACUGGUAAAUAAUGACAUUGGACAUUUGACAAAAAAUAAAGAUGAGGCAGUCUCAAAGAAGAGACAGUUUGAUGAUGCAACUAACCGUAUGAACGUGACCAGAGACCAGAUUGAAAGGUAUAACAACACGCUGCAACCAAUUACUGAGCGCUUAAAUAUGAUCCACAAACGAGAAGUUGAUAUCACAACGCUGUACACAGAGAAAGAGAAAAUGGUUACCGAAUUUAAGGGCGUGAAAGCUGCUCAGCUUGAAUUGGAAAACAAUAUACAAAGUAAAUUUAAGGGUACAAAGAGUGAAUUGGAGGCGUUCAUUGAGAGGUUCCAUAUGGAAAUGAAAGUGAAGGAAGUUCGUCGCAAUGAUUUGGAAUCAAAAUUAAGCCGUCUUCAGGUUGAGGACAAAAAGCUGCAGGGAGAUAUAACUCGGGAAGAGGUUAAGAAAGGACAGUUGGAGAAGGAGAUGGAGCAGCAGCAGAAAAGGAUUGAUUCCAGGAAUAAACUGCUCAGCAGACUCACUGGAGACUUGGAAAUAUCCUCAACAGGAAUAUCGUACACCCAGCUCUCGGAAGAUGAAGUGAACACUGUUUUGGGUCACGUGAACAAGAAAAUGGAAGCAUCACAAGAAGUUCUUGAAGCACUGAAAGUGCAAUUGGAAAAAGAAGAACAAGAGUUGCAGAAUAAAAUUGACGGCUACAGGGAUGAGAAGGUGUCCCUGGAACAACAAAUGAAUAUUAAAGCAAAGCAAAUGCAAGAAACUAAACAAGAAAUAACAAAGAUAAAGGGAGAACUAGAGGAGGUGGGCUUGUCCGCAAGUAAACUUCAUCAUAUCGAGGCAAAACUGAAACGAGCCGUUCAAGAUCUAGAGCAAGUGGAAAAAUCUGUGAAUGUGGAUGAACUUGAAAAAGAAAUACGACAAGCUACAGAUAAACGGAAUAGGUUGGAGUAUCAACUGGAGGAGGUCGAUAAAGAGGUGAAACUUUUGCAGCAGCAAAGCUGCGUUCAGGCAGAGCUGGACCUGAUGAGAGAAAGCAAGUCCGCGAAGGAGUCUGAAAUACGCAAACUAAAGAACAAGAAUGAAGAGACAUUGAAGCAUCUAUUGAAAACCGUUCCUGAACAAGGAAUCAAAUAUGAACUGAAGCUUUGUAUAGAUCGACUGGCCGAGGACAUCCGAGAAAUGACUCGCAGUUUGGGCGGCAAACACCGAGAGCUGACCACUCUAGAAACAAACCGCAAACACCAAAAAGAAGGACUAAGGAGGCGAGAAGAUGAUUUAAGAGUCAAGGAAGAUAUGAUAUUUGAAGCGUGCGGAAAUCAGGACUACGACGAGGUAGUGAAGCGUUCUGAAGAAAAUGUCCAAGAGUUGCAGGACCAGAAGGGCACACUGUCAUCUUCUGAGUAUUUAUUUCGCCGUUACAUCCAAAAACUGCAACAACCAGAUCCAUGUUGUCCUCUUUGUCACAGGGGAUUUGACUUGCAGGACGAUGUGCGAGAGCUUGUCAACGAGCUAAACAGCAAGGUUCAUGAGGUCCCAACUCGUCUGCGUGAAAACAACAAGAAGCUGGACAUUGAGAAGAGGAAAUAUGAGAAGUUGCUGGAACUGAAGCCGGCCUAUGAAUCCAUUGUCACGUGUAAGAGCACUGAAAUUCCAAACCUCAGGACUGAACUGGAAGAGACUGAAAAGAAGCUCAGUAACCUGAGGAUCGAUGUUGACGACUUGGAGUCGUCACUGAUGGGGCCACAGACCGACAAGGAGAUAGCGGAAAAAGUACAGCCAGAUGUUGUGCUGCUGGACCAGCAUCACAUGGAGCUCCAGAACUUGCAACGUGACAUCGAGCGACUGGAGGCGAAACUGCCGGCAGGAAAAUCAUCACGAAGCAUGCAGCAAGCCCUGAAUGAGCAGGAACAGGUGAAAUCAGAGGUAAAUAAGACCCGCCGUGUGCUAGAGGAUGCGCAGCAGAAGUUGGCGAGACAUGCCAAGAGACUGCACGAGCUGAGAGAUGAGAAGAACAGACUGACGGAAGAACGCUUUAAGAUUCAAGCCGGAGUGCAACAACCCAGGCAAUUAGAGGAGAAGCAGUUUGAGUUACAAGGAGUAGAAGCCGCUUUGAAUAAGGAAAUGAGCAUUCUGAUGGAGAAGUUGGGAGAAUCUAGGAGAACUUUCGAAACAGCGACCAAGGAGAAAAAUACGGCAAGACUUAAAAAUAAGGAGACGUUGUCAAAAGAACAAUACCAGCUUUCAGGAUAUCAGAAACAGGUUGACGAAAUAUACAGGUUCCAAAACAGCGUUAAUGAUUUCGUACAACGUGGAAUAGACAGAAGACUGAGUGCGGUGGAGCAGUCUGUGCAAGACCUAGAAACAAUUAAGGACACUACUUUAAAAUCGAUACAAGACGUGACAGCAGAGAUCGCUGGUAUCAACAAUGAACUAGCAAAGCAGCAGAUGAAGAAACGAGACUUGGAUGACAACCUUAAGUUGCGCGAGAAGGAGGCAGAAGCUGAAGGUCUAAAUGAGAAAAUUGAAAAGCUUAAGAAAAAUCUUGGAGAUCUAAAGUACGAGACCAUUCGUACAGAAAAGGGGAAACUUCAGAGGGAAGAAGAAACUCUUACUAGAGAGAAGGCACAAGCUGAAGGUAGGCUCAAGGAACAAAAGAGCGCUAUCGCAUCGCUGCGCGAGGAGCUGAAGAAGCCCAUGUACAAGGAUGCUGAGAAGGACUAUCUUAAGAAAGUUGUGGAGAAAAAGGUUAAAGAAGCAAGUGAAAGCGACUUGAAUUGCUAUUAUCACGCUACAGAAUGGGCCAUGCUGCACUUUCACAAGGACAAAAUGAGGGAGAUCAACACCAUCAUCCGCGAACUGUGGCGGCAGAUUUAUCGUGGCAGCGACAUAGAUUACAUUGAGAUAAAAACGGACGUGCCGGAGCAGUCCGGUGCAGAUAAGAGACGCAACUACAACUACAGGGUGGUACAGAUGAAGAACGACAUCGAAAUUGACAUGCGAGGACGCUGCAGUGCUGGACAAAAGGUCCUGGCCGCUCUGAUUAUCCGCAUGGCCCUAGCAGAGACUUUCAGCGCAAACUGCGGUAUGCUGGCUCUCGAUGAACCGACGACAAAUCUGGACAGAGAAAAUGUUGAAAGUCUGAGUACUGCGUUAGCAGACAUUGUGAACACAAGAAUGGCCCAGAAAAAUUUCCAGUUGGUCAUAAUUACGCACGAUGAAGAAUUUUUGGAUCGUUUGUCAAAAGUUGAUAAACUGGAAUUUUACUAUAAAGUAACGAGAACUGAGAAUGGGAAAUCUGUGAUAAAGAGGCGCAGCGUUGAGCGAUAGCUCGGGUACUGAAUACGCGCUGUUCAUUCCAAAAAGUUCCUGUGUCGUACGACGCGCGGGUCCUGCAUCACAUUGCAUAUUACUUUGCUGAGUACUACCCAAUUCUCUCAGCUACUGAUAACAAUUGCUAUUCCAAAAAAUCUUUGCAGUCAAGUAAUGAACGGUAAAUAUAUCACCCGGAGGCUAGUAAGUCAAUUUACGUACUUGUAUUAUGAGAAUUUUCUGGUGUCAGUUUUCUUGUUUGGUCCCAAUAAAUUCACAAGCCACGCCUUCGUUUUGCCUGCGAGAAGCUGUCAGAUUCAUGGACUAACCACAGAAUUUGCGAAGUAAAUGCAGAAACAAACUUUUUAAAAUGUGGUCAGUGCAUUUAAAAAUUAAAUAAGACAUUCAGAGUUCAAAGUAUAUCGGGCCUGAAUGUGGUCAGUGUUUUGUUUUUAUGGAUAAAAUAAAGUUUGGUUUUGGUUCUGCAUUAA